AUGUAUUUUCGAUCUCGAUUGACAAUAAUAAAUCAAAGAAUUGGAUUAACUUUAAGUCAUCCAAUUCAAACGAAUUUCAAAUUAUCUCGACCGCAAUUUACAGUAUUUCAAAAUUAUGCUGCUUCGACUAAUUCUUCAAAAAAGGACAAAAAGGACAAAAAAUCUGGAAAAUUUAUGAGAACUUCCAAAAAUGAGGAAAAAGUAAAAAUAUCUCGAAAGAAAAAAGAACCUUUACUAUCAAAGGACAAAUUAAGCACAAUAUAUAAUGAAUUAUCUCAAGAUUUAUGGCAAAGUAGAACUUUAUCUGCCAAGCUCUCAUUAGAAUCUCCAACUUUUACUGAAGAUGUUGACGAAGUUAUUGAGUCGCAUAAACCAAUAAAGAAAUUAUUAACAACUGAUGAACAUCAAGAAUUGAUAAUAAAAAUAGAUAAAGCUUUCAUUGUACCGCAACUCAAAUCAUUCCUAAAAAAACGAAGUAAAAGUUUUUCUGGACUAAAUAAAAACAAAUUAAUUGAAAAGCUUAUCUCUGAAAUUUGGAAAAUCGAGAAAGUUGUAGAGGAACAAUCUAAACCAAUUGAUUUAUUUUUCAUACUUGGCCCAGAGGAGAAAGCCUUACGAGAAAUAAAAAACAAAUCCAAUGUUAAAAUUCUGAUUGAUUCAGAAAGUUUAUCAUACAAAAUUAUUGGGUUUUCACAAAAUAUUGAAAAAGCAAAAGAGAUGAUCAAAAAUAUGACGAUCUAUCAUACUGCUACUAUGGAAUUACCUUCUCAUAUCAAAGACAAUAACAAGAGCCUGCAAGAAAUAAUGCCAUUAGUGCAAGAUAUUUGUUAUGCAUCGGAAACGUUUAUUGAGGUUGAUGCAAGCAGACAGUUUGUAGUUUCGGGAAGAUCAUAUCAAGAUAUCAAAGAAGCACUAAGGUUGUUAAAUGUUGCUUUACAUAAGCCUGAUCGAAAUGAGACAGAUUUGGUUUUAUGUAACGAAUCGCAGGAUUUUAAUGAAUACAGUUUUUUCCCUAUUCACGAUUCUGAGAUCAUGUCGCUCUAUAACCGAAACUUAAAUUGGCAUCGUGUUGGUAGAAUUGAUCCCAAAGUGUCAACUUUAGGCGAACAUUUAUAUACUUUACAUGAAAGUGAAAGGUUUGGAUAUAAAGUUUUCCACGACGAGAAAAAUGAUGAAAAAAAUUUAUUUAUUCCUCCAUUAUCUGGCAAUUUCUCUCGUGAAAUGCUUGAAAAGUGGAUCAAAGAAAGCAGCCAUUUAAGAACAUUUCUUCCUAGUUACCCGUACCCAAAUUUCUUGACAUCCUUGAUGGACCCUAUAUCGAAAUUUCAAAAAUCUGUUCAGUUUGAUUAUUUACCAUUUAAAUCAAAAUCCGAAUCAUCAUGUAAUCAAAGGUUAAGUAUAUUGUUAGAUGUAACCGAUUUAAACCUUAAGUUUAAGGAAUCAAAUAUACUGAAAAAACGAUUCGUGGUGGACUUAUUAAUGAUGAAUAGUCCGACAGACUUGAGAUUGUCUGCGAUCAUUAAGGAAUCAGUUGAUAGAUCAUUCAACAUUGAUAACUUUCUCAAAGAAUGUUCAUAUAUAAGUCCCCGAAAUAUUCGAUGUCCUAGAGAAUAUGUUUUUAAUUUUGGAAGUGAAGAAGGAAAAAAAAAUAUUCCAUAUAAUCUUGAACGUAUGAAGUUUUACACUACUAGUCAAUAUAAAUAUAAUGGAUUUACUCUUUCCGUAAGCAAAAUUUCAGAACUAGAAACUAAUUUCGAUAGACCAGAAAUUAAGUUAAUUUACGAACCAGCCAAUAUUACAAAAUCGCCAAUUGAAUUUCUAGCCAAAUCUUCUGAAGAAGAAAAUCGCAGUUACUUAGAAAAAUGGGAAAAUUUCAUUUCGGUAUCAUUAGCAAUUGUUAAUAGUAUAGGAAAUAAAUGA